AUGGCUUCCUUCUUUAGACGACAAAUUGCAAUAAAGUUGGCAAAGACGCUGCAGCAGUCUGAGGAAGCGUUUUUGCCAGCUCUGACUGCAGUUCCCGUCUUCAAGAAACAGCAUCAAAGUUCUGACUUUAAGUUGUCGCUUGGACCAUUAAGAGUCAACGGGAUUUUACCAUCCAGUGGGGACAUUCUGCUGCAGACAGAAGACCUGGCUUCUCGGUUAAAGCCGGACAGCGUGGUGGAAAGUAUUUCCACCGGACAUGGCGUCAUUAACUUCACAGUUAAUCGCAGCCUUCUUGCUGAGAAAUUGUUGGAGCCAUUUGGAAAAGGAAAAGACGACCAGUUUGAGUUAAACAGUGAACUUUUUAAUUCUCUGAAGAGAGGAACGACAUUAGUAGAGUACAGCUCUCCGAAUAUCGCAAAAAAAUUCCACGCUGGGCACUUGCGCUCCACAAUUAUUGGUAACUUCAUUUCGAACCUCAAACAAUCCCUUGGAAAUAACGUUAUUCGAAUGAACUACCUGGGAGACUGGGGCAUGCAGUUUGGUUUGUUAGGAGCUGGGUUUAAUCAGUUUGGAUGUAUGGAAAAAUUGAAAGAGAAUCCCUUACAGCAUCUGUUUGAGGUUUAUGUUAAGGUGAACAAAGAAGCAGAGCUCAACACGGACAUAAAGCAGGCUGCCAGGGACUUCUUCCGACAGCUGGAGGGACAUGAGAGCCAGGCUCUGUCGUUAUGGCAACAGUUCAGAGAGAUCACGGUGAAGGAGUACCAGCAGGUUUACAAGCGGUUGGGAGUCCACUUCGACGUUUACAGUGGGGAGUCGUUCCACCAAGACCAAGCCCAGGAGGUUCUGCAGGAGCUGCGGAGCCGAGGCCUGUUGAAAACCUCUGAGAAGGGUACGGGUGUAGUUGAUCUCUCGCCCAAGGCAGACAUGACCAACAUUUGUACGAUCCUCCGCAGUGACGGCACAACUCUCUACAUCACCAGAGACAUCGCUGCAGCUAUUGACCGGAAGGAAAAGCACUGUUUUGAUGAAAUGAUUUAUGUGACAGACAAAAGCCAAGAAAAUCACUUCAACCAGUUGUUCCAGAUCCUCCAGGCUUUGGGGCAUUCCUGGGCUCAAAGUUGUCGGCAUGUUCCCUUCGGUCUGGUGCAGGGCAUGAAGACCCGGACCGGUGACGUGGUGUUUCUGGAGGACGUGCUGGAUGAAGCUCGGGCCAGGAUGCUCCACAACAUGACCCAGUCUAACAACACGAAGGAACUGGAGAACCCAGAGGACACGGCUGAGAAAGUGGGAAUCGGCGCACUGAUAGUUCAGGACUUUAAAGGUCCCCUGCAGUCAGAUUAUAAAUUCGACUGGGACCGGAUGCUGCAGGCUCAGGGUGACACGGGCGUCUUCCUACAAUACACACACGCUCGACUCUGCAGUUUAAUGCAGAAGAAUGAAGGAGCGGAGGCGCCAACGUUCAACCCUUUUGUUUUACGGGAACAGACGAGCAUCGUCAUCCUGCAGCACCUUCUCCGUUACGACGAGGUGUUGUAUCAGUCGGCCAACGAUCUGCAGCCCAAACAUCUCGUCAACUUUUUACUGAAGCUGUGCCAUCUCGUCGCUUCAGCACACAGAGAGCUGCCAGUGAAAGGAAGCCCGCAGGAUGUUGCACAGGCCAGGUUACGACUGUUCAGUGGAGCGCGCUCAGUCCUGGACAACGGGAUGAGGAUUCUGGGCAUCACACCAGUUUCUAAAAUGUAAACUUGUACUAAUUUUGUUUGUUUUUCCACUGUUUUAUCUACUGUCCUGUAAAUACAAAGCCUCACGUUUUCAAAAUAAAUUACUCUUAAGAUUUAUUUAAAAAAAUAAAAUCUCGUCAUCAGGCUCGUUUUUGAUUCAACCCUUGCUGCCCAUGGGUGAAAUGAUCCCUAACGCCUCGGUUUUAAGACUCAUGCCUCAGGGGUCAUUUCAACCCAAGGGGAGCAGGAAGGUUAAAAACAACAUUAAAACAAUGC